AUGACCUUGAAAUUACGCAUCAGAGUUGGACCCUCGUAUGACCCAUCAACGCUGACGACAAUUCUACCAAAUAAUGAUGAUAAUCCGUUUCUGCUCACAAGCGAACAUUUUAUCGGCCACAUCUGUAUACGUAUAAGAGAUUAUAAUGGCGUUGUUUUACCUGGACAACAGGUUCGACGCACGAGUCCAUGGUUUGAUGGAAACAAUGAGCAAUAUUCUAUACAGGUGCACGGCCGAUUCAAGGGAGAUAAAUGGACUGGAGACGACAUUGUAUUCGGGAAUGAUUUUGAUCAACCUAUCCGUCUUCCACCUGGUAGCUGGAUAGGUCUGAAAAUUCUCCAAUUUAUCGAUCCGGGUCUUGAGGCCGACGUAUAUUCCCCAAAACCUUGGGCAUACAGUCCGUUCCUAGUUACCAUGAAUGCAAUCAGACUCACUAUCGACAAUUCACCGUCUUUUCCUCCGUGGCCAUCACCCAAUGGUGAGCACAUUGCCGAAUCUAUCUCUUUACUUGAUCAGCUACCGUCUUUUCCCAGCGCGAGAAGGCGUUACUUUUCAAAUAAAGAAAAUCGAGAGCGGUUGAAGAUAACAGAGGAUCAAGUGUGGGAUUUGGAUUUUUUCAACGCCUAUAUUGAUUUUGAUAAAUUUGCCGUAAAAUUACCCGGGUUCGAAAUUGGUGUGAUGAAGUAUUGGGAUGGACAGCCUUUGAGAUAUGUAUGCAAAUCAAGAGAUGCAAGCGCUAUUUUCUUUGUGGUCGUAUUUGAAUUGAUUGAAGAAGACGAAACAAGUGAAUGA